AGCGCAGCGACUGAGCGUGGUCGCCUCCACCCAUGGUCCAACCUACCUCUGGGUCGACGACGCUGCAGCUGGCUACGUGCUUCGGCGCAUUGUCGAUCGUCCGCGUCCGGGUAUGGCGACAGUGCUUGGUGACGGCGAGAUGCUGGAAGACGUGCCUGUCCCGGAUGCCAUGGCGCUAGUCACGGACGCCAGUCUACGGCGCAACGUCGACGACCUCGCUACGCUCGCAGCGUACGAUACCGAGCCCACUGUGCUGCACAUGCUUCAGAAGCGCUUUCUCGAGGGGCGACUGCACACGUGGGUGGGCUCGUCGGCGGGGAUGCUCGUGGCGCUGCAUGCCUUUGGUGCGCCACCGACGCCACCAUCGAGUACAAACGCUUCUGGGAUCGCGCCCAGUCUUGGGGCCAUGGCGCAGGCGGCGCUCGAUGCGCUCCUUCAGGACGGCCGAAACCAGGUGAUUAUUGUCAGUGGUGAGAGCGGCGCUGGCAAGACGGCAGCCGCGACACACCUUCUCACCGCACUCACCGAACAGAACGGGUCUGGCGUGCUUGGCGCGCAUUCGGCACUGACGGCAUUUGGGCAUGCCAAGACGCCUCGCAAUGGCAGCAGCAGUCGCUUUUCCAAACUCGUGACCUUGCACGUGGACGCGUCGACGCGCUCGGUGGUCGGCGCGUCGAUCAGGUGCUACCUCUUGGAGAAGGCGCGUGUCGUGCGCCAGGCUAAUGGCGAGAGCAACUAUCUCAUUUUCUACCAGCUUCUCUGCUCCCAGCGUGCGGCAGACUAUGGCCUCGCGCCCUUUGGCCUUGGCGAGUACGCGUACUUGACCGAUUCCGAGGGCUGCUCCGACGCAACAGCGAUGGGAGGGCUGGACGCAACUCUCGAUGCGUUGCGCGCUGUGGGUAUUCUCGACGUCGACUGGCUCCUCGGCGUCGUGGCUGCCAUCCUCCACCUGGGCAACCUCGUCUUUAUCUCGGACAAGGAGACAGGCUCCAAGGUGGCCAACACUGCCGCGCUGGUUGCUGCUGCAACGCUCUUGCGUGUGCCUGCCGAUGCGCUGCGUGACGCGCUCUGUGUCACCGUGCUCACGAUUGGCAGCAAGCUCGAGCGGCAACACAUGCCGCAUGGUCCCGAGCGCGCGGCAUCCGUGGCCGCUGCGAUGGCCAAGGCGCUCUACGUGCGUCUCUUCGAGUACAUUACUAUGCGCAGCAACGCGUCGAGUGGUGCGCCGUCUGACGCGCUGCGCGUGAGCGUUCUCGAUGUCGUUGGCUUCGAGUCGCUUUCCGUGAACG